AUGACGGCCGACCUCGCGGCGCGUGUCGAGAAGCUCGAGGUAGCGCAGGGGCAACAGGACGUGCGCAUGAAGGUGCUGCAGGAGAAGACAGCGGCCGUCAAGACCGCAGGGGAGACGUUCUACCUCACGACGGCCAUCCACUACACGAAUGGCUUGCCGCACAUGGGUCACGCCUACGAGAACGUGUGUUCGGACGUCAUUUCUCGCUACCACCGCGUGUUUGGACGGGAUGUGUACUUCCUCACGGGCACGGACGAGCACGGCCAGAAGAUUGCGCAAACAGCGGAAGCGGCGGGUGUCACGCCGCAGGAGCUCGUGGACAAGUACGCGACGAUUUUCCAGCAGCUCACGAAAGAUCUGGACAUGAGCAAUGACAAUUUCGUUCGCACGACGAGCGACAAGCACAAGGAGUUUGCACAGUGGCUCUUCCAUCGUGCACUGGAGAAAGGGGACGUGUACCUUGACAAUUACGAGGGAUGGUACAAUGUGCGUGAGGAGACGUUUGUCACGGAGACGGAGGCCCAGCUGACCGACUAUAAGGAUCCGACAACGGGCACGUCUUUCAAGAAGAUGCAGGAAGAGUCGUACUUUUUCAGAAUGUCGAAGUACCAAGACCGACUUGUUGCGCACAUUACCGAGCAUCCCGAGUUCCUGCAGCCUGAAGUUCGACGUCAGGAGCUGCUGCGUCGCCUCAAGGAACCGCUACAGGACUUGUCAGCCUCGCGCAAUACGUUCACACACGGCAUUCCACUGCUGAACGAUCCCAAGCACGUUCUCUACGUGUGGUUUGAUGCACUGGCGAACUACCUGUCGGCCAUAAGCUACCCGGAUGGGCCUGAUGCUCGCUAUUGGCCCGCGAACGUGCACAUCAUUGGCAAGGACAUUACGUGGUUUCACUGCGUCAUCUGGCCAUGUAUUCUGAUGAGCACGGAUAUCCCGUUGCCGAAGCGGGUGUUCGCACACGGAUUCGUAAAUGCUAAGGACGGCUCGAAGAUGAGCAAGAGCAUUGGCAAUGUCAUCGACCCGUAUGAGAUGAUCAACAAGUACGGACUAGAGUCGUUCCGCUACUUUAUCGUGCGCUCGGCAAAGUUCGGCCAGGACAUGCCUUUCUCCGAAGACGAUCUCAUCAACAUCCACAACUCGGAACUUGCUGACACGUUGGGCAACCUGGUUCACCGUACUGUCAAUAUCUGUAAGAAGUACUCGAACGGCGUUGUGCCCGAUGUCAAGGCGGACAGGCUGUUCGACGUCUACGAGCUGCUGAAAUACUCGGAGGAUUCAUACAAGGAGUUUUCGCUGCAGAACGCCUGUCUAGCGAUCGUCAACGCGCUGAAGGAUACAAACAAGUACUUGACUGAGAAGGAGCCGUGGCAUAUGAAGGGGAACGAGCCGCGCCUUGUUGUUGUGCGCACGUGUCUCGAGGCCAUUUACGUGCUGGCCCAUUACUUGAGUCCCAUUAUCCCGAAGACGACUGAAACGAUCUUCAACAAGCUGAACACGGUGCCCACUACGCUGACUGCACUGUCCCCUGACUACGACAACCUGACACCUGGCACUGAGGUGUCGGUCGGCGACAUCUUGUUUGCCAAGAUCUUGACCGCGGAGGAGAAGCUGAAGCAGAGCGAAACUGCUGCUGCUAAAGCCAAGCCCGCGCCCGUCAAGCCUGCGAAAGCCGCCACGCCGCUGUUCGCCUCGCUGGACAUCCGCGUCGGUGUGAUCUCCAAGGUAUGGAAGCACCCGGAGUCGGAGAAGCUGUAUUGCGAGGAGAUUGACAUUGGCGAAGAGGAGCCCAAGCAGAUUGCUUCUGGCCUGCAGGCGUUCUACUCACUGGAAGAGAUGCAGAACCGCAAAGUGCUGGUGCUGCUGAAUCUGAAACCAGCGAAACUGGGCGGAUUCAAGUCGCACGGUAUGGUGCUGUGCGCGAGCGAUGAGGCCCAUGCGAAUGUGCAGUUCGUGGAACCUCCAGCUGCCGCUAAGGUGGGUGAGCGAGUGACGGUAGCGUCGGAGAGCGGAGAACCGCUAUCGGCUGCGCAGAUCAAGAAGCAGAAGGUACUGGAGAAGGUCUCGCCAGACUUUCUCACCGACGACAAGGGCGUGGCGACAUACAAGGGCGAGCCGAUCAUGACCUCGGCUGGUCCGUGCGCUGUCAAAUCGCUAGCCAAGGCGUUCAUUAGCUAG